UUUUAAAAUUAGUAUUCCAAUUUCCAUUCCGUACAUAAAAAAAAUAAUCAGAUUUGUGUAAUGUGUACUAUUUUACACAAAAUUUAGUAUUUUGAUUAAUGAUCCACUAUCUUUGUUGGAUAACAUCAUGCUAAGGCGAAUUUCUAGAAUUGGCUACAAUACUUCUAUUCAAAAGGAAUUUAUAAGACAAAAAAUUGUUAGCCCUGCUUCCCUUUUAAAUCCUGCUGAUAAAUUAAAACUAUAUAACAAGGAAAAUAAAGAACUAUUUGGUCCCUUGUUGGAAACGAAUAAGCAGAAAAAAAGUAGAUUGAAAAAAGAAGCUAAAAAUAGCGCACAUCAAAACAGAACAAAAGUUCAGAGUGAUAGUAUGCAAAAGUUUUGCCAUUCAGCAGCAAGAAGUCUUUUUAGCAGUGUGAGUUCAUUCAUUGCACCAGUCUACAAUUCAUCUGUGUUUCCAAUUAUAAAUAAAAACAAGAUGUACCAGAAUACAAGAAAUUUAUUGAAUGCUACUGGUGUGGUGUACAACAUUGCUGUGAGAAACAUUAAAACUUCAUGUGUUGCAAAUGCAACUAAAAGUUUUCCUGCUGAACCAGGAUUUGCCAGUGAGGAUAAAAUUAUUCAAAUUAGGCAACAUCAAAAUGAUUAUACUAAACAAUUCCCAUCUGUUACUUUAAUUCUUAACAAAACAAUGACAGAGGAGUCAAGAAAAGCCUUAGAAAAAUGGAAGAAGGAAAGGAUUGAAGAAAUGGGUCUUGAAGAGUUUAAUAGGUAUCAUGAAGCACAAAUGGCAGUUGGUACAAAGUUCCACAGUACACUAAAGAACUAUUUUACUCAGCCGCAAACACAAUUACGAAUUGAAAAAGAUGUAGAAGGGGUUUGGGUGUCUGUAGCAGAGGUAUUGAAACAUAUAUCUUCACCUAAGGCAAUUGAGUCAAAUGUUGUACAUCCCGUACUGAAAUAUAGAGGGGUGUUUGAUGCCAUUGCUGAUUAUGAAGAUAAACCAACACUUAUUGAAUGGAAGAAAUCAGACAAACCUCGAAAAUCCAUAGCCCUAACAUAUGACAAUCCUGUCCAACUAGCGGCUUACUUUGGAGCUGUGUGUAAUGACCUUAACUACAAACAUUUGAAUGUACGAGAUGCUUUGUUGGUCAUAGCCUACACUGAUGGUUCUAAAGCAGAUUUUUACCAUUUACACACAGAUAAAUUAAGAGAGCACUGGGCACAAUGGUUGAUAAGAUUAGAAGAAUAUAUGAAGAAGUUUAAUGAUGAAUCUGAAAAGCAACUGAAGGGUGGUAAACGCCUGUUUGAGACGGAGAUCGGGAAUCUCUAAAGAGUGAAGGGAAUACCAGGAGAAUCAUCAUUAUGUAUGAUUCUUAUGAGUCUCAGUCCUAAAUCUCAAUCACAGAAUAAUAAUCUGUUCAAUUAUAUAACAAUGAUGUAUGUAGUUCAUUUUAUUUUGUUAUUAACUAUUAUGGUUCAGCAGUUUACGAAACAAAUGAUCAUGUAUUUACGGUUAAUUCCAAGUACAAAUUCUGUAAUGAUUUUUUUUAACUAAAUAUUUAUAAUACAGUAGACAAAAGACAUAAGGAUUAAAAUUGUUGAAAGUUUUACUCAUAUACACUGCAUAGCACGGAUUGAUUUAAUAUUCUUUAUUCUAUAAAUUUAAAUGACAGUUCACUGCCCUAAGCCCAUGGGCAUAGUGACAGACAAAUUUUGGUCAAAAAGUAAUUUUAUGUAAUCUCAUGUUAACCAUUUACAAGUGUAAUAAAAAUGAUACUGAAUAUAUUGUUUAAUCCUUUAUGGAGGCCGCUAAACCUCAUUGAAGUUGGAUUGGUCGAGGGUGGCGUAUCAAUUGGAAGACUGGCUAUUUAUGAUUAGGAUGAUGGUUGACUUAUUCUAUAUUUUAUUAUUUUUUAUUGUCUAUUAUUUGUGUUGCUUAGAACUAGUUUUUUACUUUUUUGUACAUAAUUUAAAAUUAUGUACAAAAAAGUUGAUUUAUUAUGUCCAAGAUAUUAUGGACCUUAAAAUAGUCAUUUGUAUUGGAUUUGUACCGUAAUCGCUUUAAUAUAAAAUAUAUGGUUAUAUGAUGUAAACUGUACAUAUAAGAAAUAUAUUAUAAUAUAUAUAAUUGAGAAAUAAUAAUGGCACUACUGUUAUAUUCUAUGUUAUGGCUACAGUUUGUGUUCUAUAACAAAAUUCAAAUAUUGUAGCAUGAGGGAGUGUCACUUUGUUUGAUGUUUGUAACAUCUGUCAAAAGUUUGUCGCUACAUUCGGUAUUCGCGCCAAAAUGUUAAUGUAGAAUGGCAAUUACAAUUUUUUGUUGGGAUUUAUUAUUUUAUUACUUUAGAGUACUUAAUUCUUAAUAUAUUUUUUUACUCCUUUUAGUUUGCAAAGAUUUUAAGCCAAAUUAGUAUGUAAAUAAGCUAAGUUUUUGCCAACUUCAUUUAGAGAAUCAGUUUAUGUAAUCGGAAUUAAUAUCCAAGGACCGAUAACAUCAAAGAGAUUGAGAAGCGAGACUUACCGCUAAGUAUUACUCCCACACGUCUGAAAUGUACUAAAUUUGGACAUACAAGAGUCGAGUCUCAUUUGUGAAUGUAGACAUAGACAUAUUAUUUAAAUAUGAACACCAUUUUUAAUUCAUUGGAUUUCUAUAGACUCAACUUCACUUGAGGUACAUCUGAAAUAAACUUGUCUCUAGUCUCUUCAUAACCAUAAAUUAAGAUUCAUGCAUAAGUUUAAGUACGAAAAAUUCUUCUAUCUGUUUAAAUAAUAUUUAAGUUUGAUACAUUUUGACAGAUAUGAGGAUUGUCAAUUAAAUUGUCUGUAAAUUUUAGCCGUACAGUUUAGUUAAUUUUGACAUUUGAAAGCAUUUAAGAUUUAGCUGUUACAUUUAAGUUACGCCAUUUUUGUUUAAUAAACUGUUUUAAUACA